AAGGGAUUCAGUGUGCCAUUGCUGGCUCUAAGAAGUAGGAGCCUUGUGCAAGGAUUCAGGAAAGGUCUUUAGGAACUGAGGAUGGUUCUCAACUGGCAAGUGCAGGCAACUGAAUUUGGCCAGGCAUCUGGGUCCUGUGCUAGGGGCUGGGAGGACAGAGAGAAACAGAGUCAGAUCCGCCCACAAAAAUCCACGAGAUGUUGGGGAGCCGAACUUGUAAACAGCCAUCAUCAACACAAAGAAGGAUGCACCUGGUGCUAUCUAGAGGCACACGGGAAAUGGUUCAUGGGCAUAGAGGAUGAGCACCAUCUUUGGAGCAUGGCCUCAAGAUGGUGGCAUGGAGAGGACGCACACAGGCAGGGGAGCUUCAGGUCUGCUGGCUCUCUCCCCUCCUUGUCACCCCUCAACCUCUGGGCUGCCCUUUGGGCUCAUGACAAUGUAUCUCAGAGCCCAAGGAGGUUGGGCUUCCGUUCUGGGGGACUCUGGAAGCUCCUGGGUUAACUACUCUCAGGGCUCUGGUUUUCUCCAUGCAGAUAAAGUACUUGAUUUCCUGGAACAAGUUUUCUUUCUCAGUCUGAGGGCUCUG